AGGGAGUUCACCCGUGCUGUCCGCAGAUUCGAAUCAGCAACUUUCAGGUUAGCAACCCAACCUUCAAGUCAGCAGUCCUGCCAGCACAAGGGGUUACCCAUUGCACCACCGGGGGCUUCUAUUUCCAGGCAGUUGUAUAGGAAAUAAAGUAAGGCCCCUUCCACACAGCUGAAUAAAAUCCUAUAUGCUCUGCUUUGAACUGGAAUAUAUGGCAGUAUGGACUCAGAUAAUCCAGUUCAAAGCAGAUAUUCCACAAUUUUUCUGCCUUGAUAUUCUGGGUUAUAUGGUUGUGUGGAAGGGUUCAGAGAUGCUUCUGCCAAGUGGCAGAGAAGAGGGCGAAUCCAAUUAUUUUCAUUAAGUAGAAGAAACUCUACUAUUGAGUUUAUUGAUGUUUUUAUACUUCAAAUUUCUAUAAUUUAACUUUUUCUUUCUGAGCAGCUUUUCAUGCAAAGAUUGAGCCUUCUGAUUGGCUAGGCAUUGUCUGCCUGUUAUUUGACUUUGGAAAAUACUAUUAAGUGUUUCAUAAUGUCAGAAAUGCCCAUAUGCAACUUGUGAGCUCCCUUUUUAUCACCUCCUGGAUUAAUAGUUUCAGACAUUAACCUUGACUCAUUCCCUAGCUUUGAAUGAAUCUAACCGAACCUCCAAAGUUUUUCCUUCUUAAGUAUCUGUGCUAGAUCAGGCCAAGGGCCUAUCAAGUCCCAUAUUUUGCUUAUAUGAUGGCAGUUACUUAUGGAUAGCUUUCAAGUAGGAUGUGUACAUACAUCUGCUGCCCAUAUUUUCCAACAGCUGGUGUUGGCACAUGUCCCAACAACUAUGUAGGCUGAAGAUAAAAAUAUCCAGAAUCUCCUAUGACACUAACAUAUGUCAUAAUGGCUUAGUAGACAAGGCUGCAACCAGGUCCACUGCACUAGCUGUGGGGAGAGGGGUCUCCACAAGAUCAGCAGGAAAAUGUUGCUAGGAAGACGAUUCUGUCAUCUAUAAGACAGAGGAGCAACCCAAGGUAUCUAUUUAUCUUCCUUCUCUUUCAUCUCCACCUCCUGCAUGAAAGCUGUCACUUUUGCUGCCAUGGAUCAUCCCUUUGAAUUCAAGUUUGGUACCUGUGAUAAAUCUGCUCUGGGGAUGAGAGCAAAGUAAGGAAACUAGAUGCUCCUCCCCAAUGUGAACACUAUUGCUCUAAAGAUGGACCAGUCAGAAAUGGUCACAUUGGUCAACAGCCACCUUCUAUCAACCCAGAGAGACUGAAAGAUUUUGGCGAGGAAGAUUACCUAAAUGGGGGCGUGAAAACAUGGGAAAUGAAGAUAGUUGGCCGUAAUGAGGAAUUGUUAAGGGACUCAGUCAUCCGCACAGAUAGAAUUAGCCAACUGGACUACAAUAAACCUAUUAGGUUUGAAGAUAUCAGUGCAGCAGCCUUCAAAAUCCAAAGUGGAGUGCAGAAAACACCUUGUAUGUAUUCUAGGCUUUCAAAGCAGUAUGGAGUGGAGAUAUAUCUAAAAAAAGAAUACCUUCAGUACACAGGAUCUGUAAAAGAACGAGGUGUGCUUUACCUUCUAAUGUCUUUACAACAGGAUCAGCAAAGAAAAGGUGUAAUUGUUGCUUCGGACAAUAACUUUUCCAUGGCAGUAGCAUACCAUGCUUCAGAGCAUCAGAUUCCUGUGUUUGUCAUCAUGUCCACCAACACCUUGCCAGCUAGAGUUAAAAUGUGUCGUGAAUACGGGGCUAUGGUAAUUUCUUAUGGUUCUACAGCAAGAGAGUCCCAGCUGCAUGCUAGAAGGCUAGCACAAGAAAAUGGCUAUCUGUAUCUUGAAGAACAGGACAGUGCUGUCUAUUUGUCAGGCUUGGGGACCACGGGGCUGGAAAUCUACGAGCAAGUGCCAAAACUGGAUGCAGUGAUACUCCCAGCAGGGGCUCAAUGUGGAUUGUUAGCAGGCUCUGCUGCUGCACUGAAACAUUUGAAUCCACGUAUUGCUGUGAUUGGUGUGGAAUCAGAGGGUUUCCCUGUAUUGCAGCAGUCCUUAAAGACUGGGCGCUCUGUUGAAGACGAGAGCCUCAGUAACUGUCAGUUCUACAAAGAUGUGAGUGGACCUUGUUAUGGCCCCAACUCCUUGCAAUUGACUGGAAAAUAUGUUGAUAAAGUUAUCACAGUGCGGGAACAGGACAUUCUGAUUUCUAUGCUGAGGUUGCUGGAGUAUGAACGUGCCAUUGUGGAUGCUGAAGGAGCCAUUGGACUUGCAGCACUGGUUUCUGGGAAGCUGUUGGAACUAAAGGGCAAAAGGGUGGCUGUUGCUGUAUGCAGCGGGAACCUGGAGCUUCCUCUGAUGCGGCAAUGCAUCGAUCGUGCUCUCACCCUUGAUAACAGAGUGUGCAAAUUCUCCAUCCUGAUCUCUGACUGCCCAGGAGAUAUUUCCAAGCUGCUGGAAAUUUUGGCUAGGGAGGAUGUCAGAAUAUUGGACAUCAAACAGGAACACAUGUACAUGGCAUCUGAUUUGUUCACCAGCGAGAUCACCUGCAUUGUAGAGACCAGAGACAAAAUCCACACGGUUGAGCUGAAAAAUGCCCUUGUAGAUCCUUAUCCCAUGAUGACAUGGAUGGAACGGUGAUGAGAUAUCUAGACUGAAAUCCUUCAGGAUGUAUCCAUCUUUUCAAAAAAAAGUUUACAGAUUUAAACAUAUGGUUAUUCUCAUUACUACUUCCUUUUGUAGCAUCAUCUAUCUAUGUGAUGCUUUACAUUACAAUGAACAAGUUUGACAGCUUGCUGGCCCAAGGUGGCAACAGUCUAAAAUAGCAUUACAAUCAGGAUUAUUUUGAAACCUUGCAAAAUAAGUUGUUAGCAAAUGAUUUGCCUCUUUCUUCUCCACAUCCUCUUUCAGAAAAAUAUGAUGUACAUAUCCUUUAAUAAAGAUGAAUGAACUUAAAAUGUUUAGAUUAGAUUAGGAGUGCUUAAUACUAUCUGUAGGAUGUCUGUUCUAUGCCUUCUGUUGUGUAUUGGUUUAGCAUGUUUUCCCUAUAUGACUUUCACCCCCAGUUGCUUUCAGUAUUAUGUCUUGAAAGACAGCUGAAGUUUUGCUGCUGGGUAUCCUAGAAUAUUUCAAAUUCUAGGAUGUGACUUACUUCUCUAUGUUAUAGUAAAAUCUUUCUUCAACUGCAUGUCUAGAACUAUUGUAGAUAAUGGAAGUUGCUUCUGAUGAGCUUUUUAUUCUUAACUGCUGUGCUUCUUCUACCCAUGCCUUUCAAGCCAAAAGCAUUUCUUCCAGCCUUGCAAAUAAGUCCACAGAAAUGUGCACUAUCCUGCCCAUGUUUUUUGUUAUUUGUGAUAUGUUGACAGCCUGAGAGGAGGUGGAAGGGAGACAACAAUGCUGUUCUAGUCCCGUGUUAUUUAACUGCCCCCUGGAGGUAAUUGUUAUUCAUCAUAGGUUAGUAGGCAUGUAGUUUUAUACACUUUAUAUUUUAUCCUGAUGGUUUUGUGCAUCUAGAUUGCAAAACAGAGAUCUAGUGUAUCUCCAUCUCAAAAUGCUGUUAUAAAAUUAAGAAUUUUUCGGAGACAGCGUUCUCCAAAUUGUAUUGCAGCACAUCUCCAAGUACCUCAAUAUCAAGUUAAUUAAAUGCAAAUCUCCCAAACUGUGACAGUUUAAAAGCACAGCUUAUGUGUCCAUGCUAGAUUAUACCUGUAGCCCUUUACAAUUUUGUCCCAAAGAGAAAGAGUCCAGGCUAUGCAGAUGUGAGCAGUGUGUUUCACAAAGAAGCAUGACACACAAAAAUCAUAUUGGUUUUUAAGUCCACUCCCAGAAGAGAGAUUUCGUUUGGACAUCACUGUGCCUCAUAAGCUCACAUUUCAUGGCAGGUCUAGACAUGAUUCUUGUCUGUUUGUAAUCCUUCUUUACAUUCCUGACACUUAUUGAGUCUUUUUAUUUUAAAUACGCAGUAAUGAGUGGUUUUAGAGGAUGAAAGGGUAACCUAUUCUCCAAAAGUGAUGACUGAUACUGUCUCCCUUCCUCUCUUUGAAAGAGCUGUGGGUUAUUCACUGACACCUAACAGGAAAGAUCCAUUAUAAUGUUGUGUUAUAUAACACUUUAUAAUCUAAAUUUUAAUUGAUCUUUUUGUUUCUGCUACAAUACUGUUCCAAUUAUUUAAAGAUACAUUAGUCAAAUACAGAUCUGUGACACUUUAGUGAUAAUGUAAAAGAAUGAAAACAUUCCAGGCACCAUGGCAUCCAUCCACAAGCCCCCUACAUCAGUCUAUGGUCUUAAGCCCCAGUGAAUCUCUCAACCCAGUGAAUCUCUCAACUGUAAUGUUUCCACCAAACAAUCAUGUUUUAUUGAUUAGCCCAUCGGCCGUAUCAAAACAUUUAACACAUAGACAUACAUACAACAUACAACCUGCGGUACAAAAGAAGUUAAAAUAAACAAGCUGUUAUCCAGAUCCCGUUUUAGUUUUAAUAUGUGGGUCCCAGUGUGUUUUGUGAAUAAUGUAUGGCCCGAGGCAUUGGUCUCUCUCUUUCUUAUACAUUUCACAGAUGAACAGUACAUGUGCGAUAUCCUCCACCUCUGAUGCUCCACAAAUAUGAAAUCGUUUGUUGUAUGGAACUUGAUUAAACUGUAAUAAUGAAUAAUCAGGCUGAAAAAAAGUAUUUAGUGCUAAAUAAAUAACUGGGUUUUCAGAAGA